AAUCAGAACCUUAGUUGUAGCUGCGGCUGCUUUUUAAUUCCCUGAUAAACCCAUUACAUAAGGAGCGGCGGGGGGACUUUAGGCAGCCGCCGUCGCUCCUUCCUCCAGUGGGAGAGAAAGCUGCCUGCAGGCAAUGCAUUGCAUUGCGUUACACGCAUGGAGGAGGAGGAGGAGGAGGAGAGGAGGAGCACUCAGUUCGAAAGGAGUGGGGGAAAUAGUAAGUCAGGAAGGCACGAAGUGAGAGGGGGGCAAACAAUGGAGGUGCCUCGUCUGGAUCACCAUAUGAGCAGCCCCACCAGUCCCUGCGAGGAUGUCAUCAAGAACCUCAGCUUGGAGGCGAUUCAGCUCUGCGAUCGGGACGGGAAUAAAUCGCAAGAUAGUGGGAUUGCAGAGAUGGAGGAGCUUCCUGUUCCACAUAACAUCAAAAUCAGCAACAUCACCUGUGAUUCCUUCAAGAUUUCAUGGGAUAUGGAUUCCAAAUCCAAGGAACGCAUCACCCACUACUUCAUAGAUCUAAACAAGAAAGAGAACAAGAAUUCCAACAAAUUUAAGCACAAGGAUGUACCCACAAAACUAGUGGCAAAAGCUGUUCCCCUGCCAAUGACUGUCCGUGGACAUUGGUUCCUGAGUCCAAGAACUGAGUAUACAGUUGCCGUACAAACAGCAUCAAAGCAAGUCGAUGGUGAUUACAUGGUUUCAGAAUGGAGUGAAAUAAUAGAGUUUUGUACGGCAGAUUAUUCCAAGGUUCACUUAACACAACUUUUGGAAAAAGCGGAAGUGAUUGCAGGACGCAUGCUUAAAUUUUCUGUCUUUUAUCGGAAUCAGCACAAAGAAUACUUUGACUACAUCAGAGAGCAGCAUGGAAGUGUUUUGCAGCCUUCAGUGAAGGAUAACAGCGGGAGCCAUGGCUCUCCGAUCAGUGGGAAGUUGGAGGGCAUCUUCUUUAGCUGCAACACUGAAUUCAACACUGGAAAGCCCCCGCAAGAUUCACCCUAUGGAAGAUACAGGUUUGAGAUAGCAGCAGAAAAACUUUUCAACCCAAAUACUAACUUGUACUUUGGGGACUUCUACUGCAUGUACACUGCCUACCACUACGUCAUCCUCGUUCUUGCACCUGUCGGGUCACCGGGAGACGAAUUCUGUAAGCAGCGCCUCCCCCAGCUGAACUUGCAGGAUAAUAAAUUUCUGACCUGCACUGAAGAAGAUGGGGUAAUGAUUUACCACCACGCACAGGAUGUAAUCUUGGAAGUGAUUUACACUGACCCUGUGGAUCUCUCCCUCGGCACAGUUGCAGAAAUUACUGGUCAUCAGCUAAUGAGCUUGUCGACUGCCAAUGCUAAGAAAGAUCCCAGCUGCAAGACGUGUAACAUCAGUGUUGGACGUUAAUUCAGUCUCUCCCCUCUUCCUUAGGAGCCUUCUCUGUUGUCUAUUCCCAUUGUCAGCCGUUUUCAUCAGACGCAUGCAUAAUGCCGUUCUUACCAAAAGCAAACAUGAUCAAAUUCUUCAAUAGUAUUCUUCAAGCAGAGCUAAAUGAUGCAGCCAGCACAAGGCAGUCCCCCAAAGUAGCAUCCUGUGUCCAAGUUUUUUCCUUCUCCACUAUAAUGUUUAGGGCAGGCACACUGACCUGCCAAUGUUGUGAUGUUGUCAUGUUUCUGUGGUCUCCUGUCCACAUUCAACAUAGUUGGCUGCUGGUGGUGGGGAACACAUAACAUGAUGGCAUAUUACAAUACAGGUAAAUGUGCGGGGAGAGGGACCAUUCAACCUGGGCAUGAUGUUACUGGUGGCAGUGCUGUAUCAAGGAUAGCAUAUAGCUCUGCCCUUAGUAUUCCUUCCCACUUUCCUUCCUUUCUGGUCCACCAGUGCUUUCAAUUGUUAGAAAUCUUGGUUUUCUUUCUAGCAACCAUUUAUAUAUCUAGAUGCUGCAAUUGGUGUUCAGUUUUCUUUCUUCCCCCCUCCUCCCUCUUCAUAUUGCCAAAUGUAACAAAUCUAUAUAAACAAGCUUUAGCAAAAUAAUAAUACAAAAACUACUGGCUUCUAAAUGUUGUUUUAAAUAUGUGUUCAUUUUAAUCUACUGAACAACUUAACUGAGAUAUCUCCAAACAGCAUGAAAGGAUGUAAUUGCAGCAUGACUUAACUCUUGCAGCCUAGAAAAAUGUCAGCACUUCCAAUGUGUUGUUUGACAGUGUUAUUUAUAUUAGCUAACAAGAAGCAAAAAAAAGCCACCUGUGUUUCAACAUAAUAAAUAGAAAAAUAUUUUAUUUGUACUGUUGUAUAAAAUAUUAUACAAUCAUAUAGAAUAUAUAGAUUACAUUUUAAUAGCAACUGUAUACAUAUGUCAUGAAACCAUUUUUUUUCCUUAUCAAAUAUGUAGUUUGUAAACUUCAAAUUCUUG